AUGAGCAAAUAUCGCUUCUUCAACGACUCGCUGGCGCUGAAUAUCUAUGCUUUCUUCAAGCCGAAUUUCGUCAAAGCUUUGGAUGAACAAUGCGCUGACUAUGAAGCAUUUGAGAAGUCAGAAAGAAUUCUGUUACAAGGCAUCAUUUACUUGAUCAUUGGCACAUCAUUCGUCAUUUUAUAUCUUCUCUGCCUUGUAGCAAUGGCUCAACAGAAAUUUAUGAAGAUUAUCUGCUAUAGGAUACUUUUUGUCAUCGGUAUCGUCGAUAUUUUGAGCAUGUCACCAAACUCUUUACUACCAGGCUAUCUCCUCAUCAACGGUUACUCUUUCUGUAAAAGUCCACUACUCAAUUUGUACAUUGGAUCUGGGUGUUUUCCCCUCUGGAGCACCUAUUCAGCGCUAAGCAUUGUUUUGGCUUUGAAUCGUUGUGUUGAUUUCAUCAGCCCGAAAUAUCAGGAUGAGCUCUUCGGCGGGAAACGUCUAAUCUUCUGGAUGAUUCCUCCAUUCAUCUACGGGAUCACUAUCUAUUUCACCUAUCCACCACUCGUCUUCCACACACCAACCGCCAGCUAUUACUUCGCUGCUGUACCUGUUUUGUCAGAAAUCUCUCUUCAAUGUUUUGGGAUUUGCACGACUGUUCUGAUCACUGGUGUUUUUUAUGUCGGAAUGCAAUUCAUCGAACUCCCACAAUUCAUGUACACUGUUACAAAUCUUUCCUGGCAAUUCUCAAAUGGUUCAAUGGCAAUUUUCUACAUGGUAAUCAACAAAUCGAUGCGUCGCGAGGUGAUCAGACUCAUUUUCGGCGAAACACAACGCUCGAAUGUGCACAACAUCUAUGCUUCAUUCAAAGCGAAUUUUGUUGAAGCUCUUGAUGAAGAAUGCGUGCGAACGGUGGAUAACACAAAAAAGAUCGUUUUUCAAGGAGUUUUCUACUUAUUUCUUGGCACAUCUUUCGUCAUUUUAUAUCUCCUCUGCCUUGUAGCAAUGGCUCAACAGAAAUUCAUGAAGAUCAUCUGUUACAGGAUACUUUUUGUCAUCGGUAUCGUUGAUAUCAUCAGCAUGACACCGAACUCUUUGUUACCAGGCUAUCUCCUCAUCAACGGUUACUCGUUCUGUGAAAGUCCGUUGCUCAAUUUGUACAUUGGAUCUGGAUGUUUUCCGCUCUGGAGCACUUACUCAGCACUGAGCAUCGUUUUAGCGACCAAUCGUUGUGUUGACUUUCUUGGGCCAAAAUUUCAAGAGACUCGAGUCAAUCGACGAGAUCAAUCAUUUACACAGCUUGCUAAUCCAUUGUACCGUUUCCGCAUUGCCAACUAUUACUAUAAGAAGAUUCGGGAUCAUUAUGAUGUGGUAGCAGUGAUCUUUUUCUCAUUCCUUGGCCCAAUGCUUAUUCUAUCAAUGAUCGCCGCAGCUGCAUACUUUGCUUGUAUUAAAUCAUGGUAUGAACGAUUUCGAGAUGAUGUACACGAGACACAUCGCUCCUAUCACCCAUGGCCACCAGGAUCUGCCAAAUGGCAAUUACAGCAAUUUAUAAACGCUGGCAAAGGUCUUCCCGCAAAGUUUUUUCGUCCAUCGCCUGGAGAACCGCCGCCGGGCUUCAAACCGCCACUAAUUCCUGAUCAAGCUCCAUUGGCUGUUGUUGCCGGUGCUCAAUACGUUGGCCUUCUCGGCACAGCUCCUCAGCUUUCUGUUGCCUGUCUCCCGUCUCCACAAACCACUUACACCAUUGCUGUUGAUCCGAAAAACAAGGAACAAGUCCCUUACACUACAGUAAUCCGCCCAAAACAAGAGCAAGCUGUUCCCAUUGAGACGAUUUUCUCAGCCGCUCCUACUCCAAAACCGACAAUCGCUCCAACAGUGACUGUGAUUCCGCCCGAUUACCCAACAAUGAGCACUCAAAUCCCGAUCUCGGUAAUCACCGAUUAUCAAAAAGGAAAUGAAGAGAGGUUCAAAAUGAUUUCUGAAUUUUACAGAGAACCGAUCAUUCGAAGCCCAAUUGGAGGGAAUGUUCUGUACUCGCAGGGACACGAUUGGACACAAAUUGAACCACAAUAUGCCACCUAUCCUCGAUCACACUCACAACAAGCAAUUCGAUUCCCGAAUGAAUCACAGGCUCCUUACCUCCUCUCACCACAUCGACUUCACGACACUUAUCGAGUGCAGACACCAAGUCCGAAUUAUCAACAACCCUCACCAAACACCCAAAUGCAAGCGAUUUUUGUGCGAACUACGACGACAACACAUCGACGAACUACAUUGACUCCAAGAAAAGGCUAUACUGUAGUU